UUCGGAUCAAGUAUUUGAUAUCUUGUUUCUUGCAAUAUCAUAUGGUUCUUCUUGGUUAGAUUCAGAAAGUCUUAAUAUUUAUGAACGUUGGGGAAAGUUUUAGUGGUUUUGAUUAUAAUAUAUGAAGUUUUUGCUAUUAGUAAACAGUUUAAAGAUUAACUUAAAAGGAGCUUUUUUGAUAUAAUUUAUGGGUUUAUUAAUCUCAAUGAUUCUGCCUUUGAUACUAUAAUGGUUGAAAGGUCACUCUCAGAUUUGCAAUUCCGUUUCUUUCUAAAGGUGGUUGGUCUGUUUUCAUUCCAUUUAUUAUUGUAUUCCCCAUUUUUGACUAAUGCUAUGCUCAAUCAUUUCUUUAAUCACAUUAUUUUAGUAAUCAAUAGUAUCCUUCAAGAUGCUCCAUUACUUUUUUCUUUUUAUACCCCUUUGCUUUCUCUGCAACUUCAUUUACGAAUGAAUCUUGUUCUUACUUCAACUCCACCAACUUUGCAGGGUAAUGUGAUUUGUAUUGGUUCUCUUCUUUGGUUCUUUUCUAGUGUUUGGUUCCAAGAAUGCAAUAUGGAUAGUUUGGUUGUUGUGUUCUGCUGUGUUUGUUGUCUUUAUCUAGAAACAUAGCCAACUAACUUUAGAGGGGAACUAAAGAUUUGCAGAAUCAGAUGAGUGGCAAUGGAUCUUAAAUGAUUGAUGUGACCGUAUAUCUAUCGUUAUGUUUUACUACUUUUUGUUGAUUUGGGGUGUCUUGUUUUCUCUUCUAACUCUGGGCCCUUUAAGAAUUGGAGUCUCUUGAUUCUUGUCUGACCAGGUCAUAGAAUGUUUUUGGUUCACAGUGGGUGCAACAGAGUUAGAAUCUUUUUGAUGUCUGUUCACCAACCCCAUUCUCUAACAUUACACUGUAGAUUUACCUGUAUUUCUAUAAAAUUCUACUCUCCUUCCUUGCAGUCUGGUUCUAAACUUACAUAAUUUGUUUCAGGUUGUAGAUUGUUGCACACUUGGGAGCUGAGCUUCGUUUGAGUAGUAGAAUAAAUCCGACAUGAAGUUUCUGCAGCAAAUAUAGAUGAAGAUGAGAGUGGAAACCGCACUUGCUAUUCUCUUGGUUCUCAUAUCAAUUCAACAAUGUUAUGGAGGUGCAAGCAACUAUACAUGCAUGUGCUUCUCUUCGGGCAAUCAAAGUGAUAUCCUGGGAUCUAACUGUUCUACAUCAUGUAAUUGCAGACCAGCUGGUAGAGACCAAUGGGCGUGCUUGUGUCCUGCAAAUGGUUUUCCAGUAAUAGCCAUUGGUGGUGCCAAUUCUUCGUGCUUCACUUCAUGCAACUGCGCUGCUGGAGCUACCAAAUCUUCAAAAAAGCGAUAUUUAUCUAGGAAACUAGUUGUGGUUAUACUACUCCUCUGCGGUGUACUCACUUCACUAGCAUUGCUUGCCUCUAUGAUUUGCUUCAUUUGUCGAAGGAACAAAUUUUCUGGACAAACCCCUUCAGUUUCUUCAGAUAGAGAAUCUAGCUGGCAUAGCUCAGCCAACUUAAUAACCCGUAAAAGCUCGGUUUCACAAUCGAAAAUUAGCAUCAGCUCCUCAGUGGCAGGAUGCUUCUUUCAGAACGCUUCUUUGUUUUGUGUGAGCAGACCUGAAACAAUCCAUGGAGCUAUUUUUCAGUUCUCAUAUGCAGAAUUAGAGCAAGCAACCAAUAAAUUCUCCAGCAACAGUGUAAUAGGACAUGGAGGAAGUAGCUGUGUUUACCGCGGGCAGCUCAAAGACGGUAAAACCGCUGCGAUCAAACGUCUAAAUACCCCUAAAGGAAAUGACACCGACAAUCUAUUCUCAACAGAAGUUGAGUUAUUAUCAAGACUUCAUCAUUACCAUGUGGUUCCGUUGAUUGGAUAUUGUUCAGAGUUUCAUGGCAAACAUGCAGAGAGGCUUCUGGUUUUUGAGUACAUGUCUUAUGGAAGUCUGAGAGAUUGCUUAGAUGGAGAGUUGGGAGAGAAAAUGACAUGGAACAUCCGAAUCUCUGUCGCUCUUGGAGCUGCAAGAGGGCUUGAGUAUCUUCAUGAAGCUGCUGCUCCAAGAAUCUUACACCGAGAUGUAAAAUCCACAAAUAUUCUCCUUGAUGAGAAUUGGCAUGCAAAAAUAACAGAUCUUGGAAUGGCCAAGUGUUUGAGUAGCGACGGUUUACAAAGCGGUUCAAGCUCUCCCACGACAGGACUACAAGGAACAUUUGGAUACUUUGCACCUGAAUAUGCAAUUGCAGGAUGUGCUUCACAGAUGUCAGAUGUUUUUAGCUUUGGUGUUGUUCUACUCGAGCUUAUAACCGGAAGGAAACCGAUACAGAAACCCAGCAACAACAAAGGAGAAGAAAGCCUUGUAAUUUGGGCUGUGCCGCGAUUACAAGACAGUAAGCGGGUGAUCGAGGAACUGCCUGAUCCUCGACUAAACAGGAAGUUUGCUGAAGAAGAGAUGCAGAUAAUGGCGUAUCUUGCUAAAGAGUGUUUGCUUUUGGAACCAGAAGCUAGACCAACAAUGAGAGAAGUUGUUCAGAUUCUUUCAACCAUCACACCAGAUACAUCAUCCAGACGUAGAAACUUCCCUAUAAAUUAUCUUUUCCAGAGCAAUGAGACAAAGAAAGAAAACAAAGUUGGAUGGUCAAGAGGUGGAAGCAGAAGUGGACAUGAAGAGGAACCAGUGGAUCUUACUGAGCCACGGUUCGAGUCAUUCUGCUUGCCGAUUGUGAAGCCGGUCUUGCUUGAACCAUCUGCACAUAUUUAAAAACUUCAAAGUAGAUAGCAAAAGCACAGAACAAAAACAACAUUGAGACCGUCUCCCACUAUGUAGAUAAUGCUCACGCUGACGAGGGUCAAGCACUGAGACUUGAGAGUUUUCUUUAAGUGAGUGUCAAGAUUUGCUCUAAACUAGAAGACUCUUAAUUUAUAUUCUUAAUAAAAUAUUUUUAACAAAACAAA